UCUCCAAACCCUUGCAUUCAACCCUUACACUCAAUCCUCUCUAAACCCUCACUUACUCUCCAAAAUCCUUCACCACAAACCCUCACCCACUCUCCAAAAACCUUCACCACCAACCCUCACUCACACUCUCCAAAACCCCACCAGCCUACCUUUUAUAUCCGCCAACCCUUCAUCAACCCUCGCAACAUUACUCCUCCUCUCUUUCCAUUGUAUGCGAUGUCUGAUCUCUUGUAUGGAGACACCUCGGGAGGAGCAGCACUACAAAAAAUUAAGUUUAAAAUGGCAUUGAUAUUACGGCGGUUUUAAAAAACCGCCGUAAUACCCGGUUAUUAUGGUAUUUUUGGUUGCUGCCAUAAUUAAUUUUGUGUUUGGUGGCGGUUCUGGUGAUUAUGGCGGUUUUGAACCGCCAUUUUCACACAUAUAUAAAAGAAAACAACUGCAACCAUAGCUAGCUCAUUAAAACGAAACAUUACGGCGCUCUCGUUCUCCCUUCUCUCUCUCCUUCGUCUCCUCCGACAACGCCGUUCUUCCCUCUCGGCUUCUCCUCUCUCUGCCUGUUAAGAUUUCUCUAGGUACUUCUCCCUCUUCCAAGGCUUCCCGAUCUUCGCAUAGAAUUCUUUGCUGUUCUUGAAAGUAGUAAGAUCGUCAAUUAUCUCCUUCUUCUUCUCUGGAUCCAUGGCAACCGUCUCGAACGUUGCAGGGUGCUCGAAAAUCAUGUGACUCCACUUGCCAAUCUUGUCCGAAUAUUCUCCACCGCCAUUGGUGUAAAGUUUCCUCUGCCUCUUCCCCAUCUCUGCGAUCGGGUCUUGUGUUGAAGCAUUCGAUUGACGUUGGUGCGGGGGUGAUUGACGCCGAUCGGGUCUUGUGUUCAACCAGUCGACGAUCUCAGAUCUUAGAUCUUGGAUCUUCCUUCCUUACAUCUGCCGCCGACACUGCUUGCAAAGCCGGCAAGGCUACACCAAGACUUAGCGAGGAUAAAGUCAAGCAGUGUGUUGAUCCGAAACUUGGAGCAGAAUAUCCACCCAAAGCAAUUGCUAAGUUUUUCUUAUAUGACUAUUAAUGGGAGAAGGGUUAGUGAAGCUUGUGGGUACGAUGAUUAUUUGUUCUGGAGCUUCACAACAACAACAACACACACACACCCUGUGUUUUGUGUCUUGGAGAUGGCAAUGGCAAUGGCGCUUCUUCGCAGGCUUUCAACUUCCAUGGACAAGCCUUUACGUCCUCUCUUUAGUGCAGGCACAAUUGUUUACUACAAGUCCUCUUUACUUGAUGAAGUUGUUUACGACAAAGAAAAAUCCAGAGUUUCAUGGCCAAAGCAAUUGAAUGCUUCACUUGAGGAAGUUGAUCCUGAGAUUGCUGAUAUAAUUGAGCUAGAGAAAGCUAGACAAUGGAAGGGGCUGGAACUCAUACCCUCAAAAAAUUUCUGAUCUUUUUAUUUCAAGUAUAUUGACAUGGCUGAAACACUAUGCCAAAAGCGUGCCUUGGAAGCAUUCCGGUUGGAUCCAGCGAAAUGGGGAGAGGGAACUUCUUCAACAGGUCAUGUUGUUAACGGAGUCCCUGCACCAAGCAACUAUCAUUCAAUUAGGACAAAUUCUGCAAAUGGGAAUUGGAUCAAGAGAGUGAGAUUCCAUCGCCAAAAGAAUUAGAAAGUAGAUCUUUUGAAGCGAAUAAUAGAGCAGGGUGAUUUUUUUUUAUGAUAGAGACUUGAUGUAUUAAGAGUUACAUAUUAAGACUUCCAAUACUUUAUUUGUAUAGGAGUUAUUAUUUUUUAUUUCUAAUACUAAAAAAUUAUAUACUAUGUUUAAUAUUUUA